AAAGCAAAGGAAGGGCCUUUGGAAGAGAAAACAGAGAAGCGAAGUAGUGAGUAGUGAGUGAGUGACUCGAGAGUUUGAAGUUAGAAUAAGAAGGAAAAUGGGGAUGGAUUACUAUGAGAUAUUGGAGGUUGACAAGAAUGCAACAGAUGAAGAGUUGAAGAAAGCUUACAGAAAACUUGCUAUGAAAUGGCACCCUGAUAAGAACCCUAACAAUAACAAAGACGCCGAGACUAAAUUCAAACAGAUUUCCGAAGCCUAUGAGGUUCUAAGUGAUCCCCAGAAGAGAGCAAUUUAUGAUCGGUAUGGAGAAGGUGGCCUUAAAGGUGGAAUGUCAUCACCGGAUGCUGGUGGGGCUUCAUUCUUCAGGACUGGAGAUGGUCCAACAGUGUUUAGGUUCAAUCCCAGAAAUGCAAACACUAUUUUUGCAGAAGUUUUUGGCUGUUGUAGCCCAUUUGGAGGAAUGGGAAUGGGAAUGGGAGUUGGUGGUUGUGGCAGAGGCAUGAGGGGUAGGUCAUGGGUGUCAAGGUCCUUUGGUGGAAUGUUUAGGGAAGACAUGUUUGGAGAAGGGAGACCCAUGAGUCAAGGUCCGCGAUGCAAGGCACCUCCCAUUGAAAAUACAUUACCUUGCAGCCUUGAGGAACUCUAUAAGGGGACUACCAAAAAGAUGAAGAUCUCAAGGGAAAUUGCAUAUGCAAGCGGGAAAACUUUGCCAGUGGAGGAAAUCUUAACCAUUGAAAUCCAACCAGGCUGGAAAAACGGAACAAAAAUCACUUUCCUGGAGAAAGGAAAUGAGCAGCCAAAUGUUAUUGCCGCAGAUCUUGUGUUUAUUAUUGAUGAGAAACCUCACAGUGUAUUUACAAGAGAUGGUAAUGAUUUGGUUGUGACACACAAGGUAUCACUUGCAGAAGCUGAAGCUCUAACAGGCUCCACCAUCCAACUUACAGCACUAGAUGGCAGGGCUCUGACAAUUGUCGUAAACAAUGUGAUUGAUCCAAACUAUGAAGAAGUGAUUUCCGGGGAAGGUAUGCCAAUCUCCAAAGAUCCUUCAAAGAGGGGUAACCUUAGGAUCAAAUUCAACAUCGAAUUCCCAAACAUGGUUUAGCAGAAAGUUAUAAUUAAGAAAUUUCUGGCACCAUAAUAGAGUGGCAAUGCAAGGUGUAUCUUGUGUAUAAUACUCUUCCCUUUUGCUCCCAUUUUUACCUUUAUUUUCCCUCCAUUAUAGAUAUCUGUGAUUUGCGUAGUUUGUGUGUAAUGUGUUAACAGUGUCAUCAAAUAAAAU